AUGAAAAUCCUGCACUCCACAGUUUCCAAGAGCAAAUUGAAGGUGGAUCCGGAUCCAGGCGCGCGCUCCGGGGACAAAGGUUUCCCGCCUCCCUUCUCGGAGUUGAUCCACGCGGGCCUGAGCUCCUCUGCUCUCUCAGGCCCAGCUAGCGGCCCAAACUACGAACUCGCCCUGCCCAGCACUCGGGCGCCACCGCGCGUCCCGCGGGCCGCCCUGCAGCUCCGGCUCCGGGACACCAUUUCAGACUCGGGGCCGCGCGCCGCGGGGUGCGGGGUCCCGGGCCCCCAGGGUCUGGGCGGAGCCGACCUGCUCCAACCGUUCCCGGGAGCCGGGAGUGUGCGCUGCGCGGCGGCGGCUCCGCGGUCGGCCCCUCCCGGGCUGGGUAGGAGAGAGGAAGCCCCGCUCGGCGCCGUCUAUGUGCUUCUGCAGUUUGGGAAGGACCGGGUUUUCCCGGGAAGGAGCCCGGCUCAGCUGUGUCGACCCUGGGACGUCUCCUUUCCCUUUCUUUCUAGAAGAAACAGCGUGUCCGAGCCUUCCGUAGGGAAAGGCGCUCGUCACCCUUGGUUCGUGGUGACUUUAAAAUGUGAAGUACGAGGACUCUUCAGGCCGAUGCUGAGCUGGGCGGACCUGCGCUCGCCCACAGCCUGCGAGGAGACUCAGCCCCGCGCCCACAGCACGGAGCCCGGCCCUUCUACCCCUUCCUGCGAGCCUGAUGAGCCUCCCGGUUUCCGGCUGGCUCGGAUAAGGAAGCAUCUUUCUGCUGGCCGAGUCCCUUCAUCGCCCCAGCACAGUUUCCAGAACUCAGGGGGCUUCUGGAGCAGAAUUCUGGAACUCCAGGCUCGGUCCUGCUGCCAUUCCUCUCCCGGUACCAGCUCGUUUGUUUAAGGGGCUGUUGGUGUAUCGUGGUUAUUAGACCGCUGUGAAUCUGGGAUCUGGAAAGAUCGUCCCCCGUUAUGUUACCCACUGGCCUGUUGAUGGAGGAACCUAAUGGCGGAUCCUUACUUUUGUUAAGGGUUUGUCUCCCCCCCCACCCCCCCCACCCUCCCCACCCCCGCCCCAUGGUUUGCCCUUUUGAGGUUAGGCUUAAAGGGCCUUUCUCUGUUACUAAGUUAAAAACUG